CCGCCAAAGACGAAACCCCGUUGAGAAAGAAAACGAAAGAAAAGCACGAUAGGAAAGACCCCAUUCGUCUCGUCCACAAAACUGUGACCUAAUUUUAAUUGCGCGAAGAGUGCGCGAAGUUGGAGGAAUAGGCACAGCAUAAGAAACUGCGAGUAUAAGAGCUGGAUGCGAGGCACGAAGGCACGGUAACCCGGCCUUGAAAAGCACGGCUUGCGCGUGUUGCGUUCUUCCUGCUUCGUCCUCUCGGUGUGCCCUCCGGGCCAGUGCCGGUCGGCCGCAGCUGCUGGCUCGUCGCCGCUAGCACCGCUCGCAGGCAACCUCGCCGGUCAGAGUGGCUCCGCUGCUGCCGUGCUGUCGCCGUGGUCGCGUGGGCGCCGCCGGCAUGCCGCCCCUCAAGCUGGUCGUGUUCGUCGGCAGCUGCCGCACGGGACGCCUCGCCGAGCGCCUCAAGCGCCACGUCACCUCGCAGCUCGAGAAGAGAGGCCACCAGGUCAGCGUCAUCGACCCGGAGGAGGAGCCGAACCUGCUGGCGGUGCGCAAGCCGCUGCACUUCUACGGCCCGGACGAGGCGCCGCCGGCCUGGCUGGGCCAGCUGCACGAGACGGUGAAGGCGGCGCACGGCUACCUGGUGCUGUGCCCCGAGUACAACCGGUGCAUCGCGCCGGCGCUGGGCAGCGCCAUGGACCACUUCCCGCCGGACUCGUACCGGCACAAGCCGUGCGCCAUCGUCGCCUACACCAUCGGUGUCGGAGCAGGCCUGGCCGCUGCCAUGCAGCUUCGCAGCUUCCUGGGCGAGCUGGGCAUGGUAACGGUGCCGUUCGUGAGCCUCAACGCCAAAGUCCAGACGCUGGUCGCCGAAGACGGCAGCGCCUCGGACGACGGCUUCUCCGAGCGCUUGGCCAAGCUCAUCGGCGAGCUCGAGUGGUACGGGGCGGCGCUCAGGAACCACAAGGAGGCCUGCGGCCCGCCGGUGUAGUAUUCCAGGCUGCGCCUGAGAGGAGCGAAACUACUUUUCACUUCGUGCGUGAGAGGAAAAUAUUGGGAAUAAUAAAAAUGGUUACUAUAUUCAACUAAA